AUGGAUUUCCAGGGCCAGCGCUUGUCGGAGAAGCUGUAUGUCGCGAUACUUAGCCUGGCAGGGGCAGUGGCCUUUCUCGUGGGCUACCUGACGCAGAGCUUUGCCAACAUGCUCAUCGCCUUCAGCUGCGGCGUGGGCAUCUCACUCCUGAUGAGUGUUCCAGACUGGCCCAUCUACAACAAGCACCCCAUCAAGUGGCUGCCGGCCUCAGAGGCUCCUCGCGCGGAGGCAAAGCAAGUGUGCUACACCCAGUGUCGCACUGAGACCCUGGCCGUCUGGUUGAUCAUGACCGCGCUGGCCAUGACGUGUCAGGCAGCCGAAUACUGUGCCUGCCGGGACACUUCGAGCAUCCAGUCCAGCGACGCCCCAUCCGAAGCCGAACUCGAGAGCAUCGCGCGAGCAAGGUUUCAAGUGCAGAUCAACCAGAUCAGGAACCUGAACUACUCUGGAGCAGGGGACUACGCGACGACAAACUCCAUUUCCACGACUUCGACCGGGCCGGGCAAGAGCGGGCUGAAUGACGGGUUCGUGAAGGCCAAGAAUGGCGACCUCGUCCUCAACGACCGGAGGUGGUACGCCGCGGGAACGAAUGCGUUCUACGCCGCCCAGGCCGACCUGCUCUCGCCCGAUGACGUGACCUCCUUGAUGGCAGUGCACGCAAUGAAGGGUGCAAAUGUGCUCCGCGUGUUUGCCUUCAGCGACGGGUAUGGAACCCAGCAGAACAUCCUGACCCCCGUCCCCUUCCAGCCCCGCCUCGGCGAAUACAACGAGGAGGCCCUCAAGAGGCUUGACUUUGUGCUCGCAGCGGCAGCUGCCAAGGGCAUCCGCCUCGUCCUCACGCUCACCAACUACUGGCCGUUCUAUGGAGGCCAGAGGUUCUAUGUGGAUUCCGUCAAGGGCACUGGUGCUCCUCAGGAGCUGUUCUACACCGACCCAGAGAUCCGCAAGUACUUCAAGGACUACAUCACCAAGCUUGCCACACGCACCAACACCGUCACAGGCCAGCGCUAUGUGGAUGACCCCACCAUCCUCGCCUGGCAACUUGGAAACGAGCCCCGCACCAGCAACGGCUACGACUCCAGCAACGGCCUUGCGCCAGGGGCUCUCAUGACAGCCUGGACGCGCGAGAUGAGCGCCCACAUCAAGUCCCUGGAUGGCAACCACAUGGUCUCCACCGGGCACGAGGGAUUCACCACCAACGGCGACUGCUGCAAUGGGCACACCUGGCUCAACAAUGGGCUCACCGGCACGGACUGGGUCGCAUCCAACCUGGAGGACCCCAACGUGGACUUUGCCACCCUGCACGUCUACCCUGGCAAACCCAUUGUCCUUGAGGAGUACGGCAUGGAGGAAGGCUGGCUGUCCUCCAGGAACACUCUCUUCGACUUUGAGCUGAGCGAGGCGCGCGAGUCUGGGUUUGACGGCUCGCUGGUCUGGGCGGUGCUCCACCGUGAGGGAUACCUCUCCGGCGUGACGACCAACUUCAUCUUUGAUUACAAUGGUGAUGGCGCCAGGGCAGUGCUGGACGAGUACCAGCGUGGGAAGAGCAUAAACGCCUAG